AUGACCGAGGGUGAUUUGGAACUACCGGUUGUUAAUGAUAAAUUUGGAGAUGUUGAUUUCAAUAAUGAACCGCCGGUUGUUGGCGAUGUAGUUGGAGUUAGCUCCACAUCGGUGUUAAAAUCAACAGGAGAUGUGGAUACCGAUGUUUAUCUACCGGUUGUUUACGAUGUACUUGGAGUUGAUGUGGAUACCGAUGUUGAACUACCGGUUGUUGACGAUGUAGUUGGAGUCGAUUUUGAUGUUGGAGCUGAUGUUGAUACUGUUGUUAAACUAUCCGUUGUUGACCAUCUAGUUGGACGUGAUGUUGAAACUGAUGCUGAGCUACUGGAUGUUGACCAUGAUGUGGAGACUGAUGUUAAACUACCGGUUGUUGACGAUGUAGUUGGAGUUGAUGUUGAUACUGAUGUUGUAGCUGGAGUUGAUAACGAUGCUGAGUUACCGUUUUUUAAGGAAGAUGUUGGACGUGACAUUGGAGUUGCUGCUGAUAGCUAUGUAGAAUUACUUGAUGUUGACGAUGCAGUUGGUCCUGAUGUUGUUACCAAUGUUGAACUACCGGUUGUAUAUGAUACAGUUGGAAUUGAUGUUGAUUCUAAUGCUGAAUUACCGGUUGUUGACUAUGUAGUUCGAGUUGAUUGCACAGAAUCAGCUAUUGUUGAUAGCGAAGUUGACUCGACGGUUCUCGUCGAUGUUGUUGUGGGUGACGUUAUGGAAACGCCUGUUGAUUUUAACCCCGAUGUGGAGCUAACGGUAGUAGAAAAUGUAGUUGAUGGCACAGGAUCAGAUGUUGAUAGUGAAACCGAAGUGAAUCUGAGAGUUCUGGUUGAUAUUGUUGUAGUUGAUGGCACGGUAUCGGUUAUUGAUUUUAACUCCGAUGGAGAGCUAUCGGUAGUUGAAGAUUUAGUUGACGGUACAUGA